AUGAAGUACACUAUUCUCCUUACAAUUACUGCUACUCUUAGCACUGCCUUGGCCCAGGGCACAAACGCCAAAAAGCCCUUUCUAAAGGGUACUCAGCAUGAUUGUUGGAAUCAGGACCCCGAGACAGAGGAGUGCAACGGCACAAAGUUUUGGUGCGAGAUUCCUUUUCUUCGCAAACUAGACGGCUACAAGACAUUUAAAGAAUGUUUCGACGACCAUGAGCCGGACCCGAAUAAGUCAACCCCGCAGUUUCCAAAUGGCGCGACGCAAUCUCAGAAAAUCAAAAUGAUUCAAGAUUUAUGCUUGACUCGCCAGGUUUUUGGCAACAAGUACGAUGUGUCCGAGGAAAAAUGCAAAGAGAAGCUUAGGGAGUGUACAGAUGAGGAAGGAACAAAAAAUCAAAAUCCUGAGCUUAACGUUAUUGUCGAGUGUUUAGAUAACAAGUUUAGUUAA